AUGGCCCAAGAAGAGUCAGUUGACUCUGCGAGUCGGGUGCAGUACCUGACCCCAUCCAUAUCCGAACUCCGCCAUCUCCUGUGGACAAACAGACGCCCCGCAGGACCUGUCAAUCAAGUCUGGCCCGAUCUGUACUUGGGAGACGAGACCACAGCGCGUGACAAGGCCACGCUGUCCCAGCUGGGAAUCACUCACGUUGUGAACGCUGCUGCUGGACCACGCCGAAUCAACACAGGCCCGCAGUUCUACGCGGACGUGCCCGUGGAGUACCGCGGGGUCGAGGCCGCCGACCAUCCGAGCUUUGACCUCCGACCUUUCUUCCACCCAACAGCCGAGUUCAUUCAAACGGCACUGGCCCAAAAAGGCAAGUGCUUCUGGGCAUCACAGGCAGGGAAGGUGUUAGUCCACUGCGCGAUGGGGGUCAGUCGCUCGGCAACCCUGGUGCUGGCCUUCCUCAUGAUCUGCGAGAACCUCACACUGGUGGAGGCCAUCAACGCGGUGCGGCAGCACAGGCACAUCUGCCCCAACGAAGGGUUUUUGGACCAACUCAGAAACUUGGACACAACCUUGGCCACGCAGAGGCACUCAGAGUUCGCUGUGGAGAGCAUGAUGUCUGGCGCCACAAAGAACAGAAAAAAGAUAAAUGCGUACGCUGAGGUAAAGGCGAACCCUAACAGUGACUACGUCACGCCCGGAGCCUUCGACCUGGAGAAAAUCUUCUGGCGUGGUUCCGGUGCAGCGUACACGCAUGUCAACGAGGUGUGGCCAAACGUCUUCAUUGGAGAUGAGAAGACCGCUCUGGAGCGCGACAACUUGGAGAAAAUGGGCGUGACGCACAUCCUGAACGCGGCCGAGGGGAAGUGGAACAACGUGGCCACGGGCCCCAAAUAUUACAGCGACAUGAACGUCGAAUACUACGGCGUGGAAGCGGAGGACGUCCCCACCUUCAACCUCGGCGAAUUCUUCCAUCCUGCGGCGCAAUUCAUCGACCAAGCUCUCAGUAGCCCCCAGAACAAGCUGCUGGUGCACUGCGUUAUGGGAAGGAGCCGCUCAGCCACGCUCUUCCUGGCCUACCUCAUGAUCCACAAGGACAUGACCGUGGUGGAGGCCAUCGAGCACGUCAAGGAGCGUCGGUGCAUCCUUCCCAACCGGGGCUUCCUAAAGCAGCUCCGACAGCUCGACAUUCAGCUCCAACAGCAGAAGCACGGAUCGCAGAACAACGGAAACGGCGAGGUCACGGAGGAAGACAAGCAGUGAAAGGGCUACAAAAAAAAGACCCAAUUGAUUUGGGAGGGAAAGUAGAGCAAAUCACAAUAAGAUUAAGAGUGAGUGAUGGCUUCGUCUCUCUCUCCAAGUUUCUGUUAAAACUACCGUCUGUGGCUAAGUUCAGCAUCUGUAACCUAUCAAAUGAGCUGUAACAACAGAAGAGAAUUACUGAAGUAUGAAACGACUUUCGGCCAGUUGGUAACCGACACCGAGGAAUGUACGGACAGGGAAUCCAAGAAAUCAGACAUUUACUGGGUUUCUGCGAGUUCAUUUGGCGUUUUAGCGUUUUUUUCCCCUACCCACUGAAUGAACACUACAGUCUUCACAUAUUGGUUCUCUGCUGGGACGACUCCAAAUGCGUGCUGUACAAACGCGAAGAUUGAAAUGACAGUAUGCUGAGGUUGCAAUCAUCUUUGUGGUUUUGUAACACGGAAUGGGGAAAUUUAACAGGAUAGCACAUCAGCCAAGUCUCUCAUCGCUCUCUCUACGCAGCAUCGUUUCACAAAAAAUGCACUUCAACAAUGGGGUGGAUCGGCAUCAGAUGAACUGCAACGGUUUUGUACCGCAGACAGUGUCUAACUCACGUGGAUAAUCGGCAUUGCCUUCGUUAAGGCCAGACGUACUGUAGGAGGGCCAGAGAUUCUUCUGGAACAGAGGGGAAACCAAGGGGAACUGUGGGAAGAAGCUAACCACCAUGGAAUGUUCAAAAUUAUAUAAAAAAUAAAAAUAAAUGAAAUAAAAGAAAAAUGAAAAGGGUAUCCUGGCUGACUGAAACUCUCCCACCCCUGGCCCAUGCUAGAUCCAAUUGUGUCUCAGCCUGUGGGACUGCCAACCACAUUUGGUACAGGCACAGUACGUUCUGGUAAUUUCUGUUAGGCAUGGUUUGGAUUUAAGCUAGAUGUGUGUGUUGGGAUGAGAGGUAAAUAAAGGACCUUUUUCAUCACCGUAAUAACAAUGGUGAAAUGGUCAUUUAUAAUAAAUAAUGCCAAUUAGCUGAUCAUAUGUUUUCUUGCGAAAAAACGUACAACUUCUAAGUGACUGACUAAAAUGCUAACUCAUAUGGCGCACAUAGCUAGCAUCACUGUUCCACAGGCUGUCUUUACUGGGAAAAAGUCAGUGUAAACGAACACAAGAACAACUUCCUCUUUAUGUUCCCUUUUCCUAGUUUGGUCUAUUCACACGCUACUAUUCCACACAUUUUGACAACAUCCAAUAAUCCAAUGUAUUAUAAAGAUAAAUAGAUGGCAUUAUGGUCAUUAUAUAUAUUUUUUAUUUCUGCCACAAGAUCUUUGAAAUGUUUUAGAAUCGUACGCAUACAAACACUGAGAUAUGCUUUAUUAUUCAGACAGAAAUCAGUUUGCAUUAUAAAACAGAAAGCUGCCUCGUUUAAGGAAAUUUGUUACAAAAAGUCAUGAAUUAUACACAUUUAGCAAUAAAACCUUUCAAGCUUAACAACUGAAAUGGGACAAAGUUUACAAUUGUUUUUUUUGUUUGUUUUUUUACAGCAUUAGAAUUAACAAAAAUAUAGUUUAAUUUUUUCUCCCCUUUUACAGGGAAACCUAACAAGGCCAUACAUUAAAAAAAAGAAAAGAAAA